AUGGAACCCCAGGAGAGCGCCGUCCAGUACAGCGGAGGGAACAACAGCCAGGAUGAGGUCAGCAAGAAUGUGUCGACCCCAGAGAGCUCGGGUUGUGAGCAGUUCUACAAUAAACUAUGCACCGGGAAGCUGGGCAUCGCUAUGAAGGUGGUAGGCGGAAUCGUUCUGUUCUGGGUCAUCUUCAUCGUCGGCUAUGUCACUGGGUACUACAUCCACAAGUGCAAGUAGCACUUGUCUGAGCCUGCUGGACACCUUUUCCGAGGAGCCCUCCACCCACCCAGAGACCUCUUACUACCUGGCCAAGACCAUCAGGCCAAGGCUGGCCCUUGGGGACACAUACACCUAUAGAGAUAGACAC